GCUAGAGAAAGGACCUGUCUCACUUGAGUCCAUCGUCUCUUGUGGAGCACCUGAAUUUGGAAAGCUCCUGAAAGUGUGGAAAAUGGACGAAAGGGAGUCAGUGUGGGUGCAGGAGUACCAGAUAGAAGAUCAAAUACAUCUGAGUUAUAUGGGAAGCAGCAGAUUGGGGCAGCAAAGCUGAGAAAGGCCUGGUUCGUGACGGGGUCAGAGUGCCCUUCCACUGAUGUCAAACAUGACUCCUCGUUCACCUCUGACUCGGUUUCCCGCACAGAUGGCUUUUCCCUGCCGCAGGUCCCUGAAUCCCAAGACUCUGACCCUCCUUCUGGUGGGUGUGAGUUUCUUGGCCCUGCACCUCUGGUUCCUCCAAGCCUCCAGGUCCCAGCGGGAGAAGAUGUGGGAUGGCUCUACGGAGGCUGCCCCUGCUGCCUCUGCGGCCGUGCAGCCGUCGGCGUUCAGUUCAGGGUCCCCAUGUGUGGCCAACGACUCGGUCAACGCCACGGUCGGCUUCGAGCAGCUGCCCGCACGCAUCCAGGACUUCCUGCGGUACCGCCACUGUCGCCACUUUCCCCUGCUCUGGGACGCGCCAGCCAAGUGCGCGGGCAGCCGAGGGGUCUCCCUGCUGCUGGCAGUCAAGUCGUCGCCCGCCAACUACGAACGGCGCGAGCUCAUCCACCGCACGUUGGGGCAGGAGCGCCGCCUCUUCCUGCUGGGCUCCCCCGCGCGCGACGACGCCGAGAGCGCAAGCCGGUUGGCGGCGCUGAUGGCGCUGGAGGCGUGCGAGCGGGGCGACGUGCUGCACUGGGCCUUCACCGACACCUUCCUCAACCUCAGGCUCAAGCACCUGCACCUGCUCGACUGGCUGGUCGAGCGCUGCCCGCACGGGCCCUUCCUGCUCAGCUGUGACGACGACGUCUUCGUGCACACCGCCAACGUGCUCCACUUCCUGGGCACGCAGCGGCCCGAGGGCCACCUCUUCGCCGGGCAGCUCAUGGACGGCUCGGUGCCCGUCCGCAACAGCUGGAGCAAGUACUUUGUGCCCCCGCAGCUCUUCCCCGGGGAGGCCUACCCGGUGUACUGCAGCGGCGGCGGCUUCCUCCUGUCCCGCCACACGGCCGGGGCCCUGCGCGUGGCCGCCCGCCGCACCCCGCUCUUCCCCAUCGAUGACGCCUACAUGGGCAUGAGUCUGAAGCGCGCCGGCCUGGCGCCCAGCAGCCACCAGGGCAUCCGGCCCUUCGGCCUGCAGCUGCCCGGCGCCCCCAAGUCCUCCUUCGACCCCUGCCUGUACCGCCAGCUGCUGGUCGUGCACGGCUUCGCGCCCUACGAGAUGUUGCUCAUGUGGAAGGCGCUGCACAAUCCUGGGCUGAGCUUUGGCUGGGGAUAGAGGAUCUCCUGAGGACAGGCGGGCCGUCCGCGGGAGGAUGAGCAGCCUCCACAUCUGACGCUUUCCGUGCUGAGAAG